CGCACGCGACCGACCAACAGCCAACAAGUGCCAUCCAAUCGGCGAUCCGGGGACAGAAAUUCCAGUAAUUGCUGAGGGAAAUUGAUCGAAAUUGAGGGAGAAAUUCAGUGGAAAGAUGUUCGAACGCUGCAGUUUAUUGUUUAUGGCCAUUGUGAUGGCUACGGCCCUGUUGACCCAAGCCCAUUUCCCGGAAUACUGUGCGGAAUGUGAGCAGGAGGUUUGGGAGCAGGUUCCAUGCAGCGAGGUGCCCACAACGGUGGCACCGACGACUUCAACGAGCGGCGGAUCCACCGCAAGUCCACCCACCACCGCGGUGUACAGCACCACGGAGUAUCCCAGCACCACCACCACUGCUCCACCCACCGACUACACCACCCAGCCGUCGGCGUACAAGAAGUGCUACUGCGAGUGCAAGCUGGGCUGCAAGGAGUUCUGCCGCAAGGUGGUCUCCUCCGGACCCAAGCAGCCCCUCACCCAGAUCUCCUCGAUCGGGGAGUAUGCUCCAGGUGGCCAGGUGGAGUUCACGCAUGUCCAUCAGCGCAAGUACUUCCCCAAGUACGGAGGCGAGGGCUAUGGAGGAUUGGUGGGACCCGUGGGCGGACCCAAGGCCUAUAAGCCCUAUCCCUUGGUCUACGAACAGGCAGCAGCAGCUUCUGCUGCUUCCUCACCAGCUUCCUCACCGGCGGUGGCCAACAUAGCUGCUCCCAACUACACUCUCGAGGAGUUGGCCCAACUCCUGAGCACCGCCUAUGGCACCAAGAAGGGCUAUCCAGCCAGUCAGCCAGCUCAGCCGCGUCCUCAAAUCCAACUUCAGCCAGCACCAACUCCCUCCGUUUACUACUCCCCUGUUCCAGUUUACAGCAAGCCAGCUGCCCCGGUGGUUCCCCUCCUCAGCAAAGUGGCUCCGGCUCCGAAAAUCUCAUCCAGCAUUAAGUAUGCCGCAGCAGCGGUUUCCUCUUCAUCGGGGGUGUCAGUGGCCAAGAUAAAGACGCCCUACGAGGAGAAGAUUGUGGUGGCCACACCGCCGCCCACUAUUUAUGACAGGACCACGUCGUAUCCCAUUGUUGAGGCGCCCAAGGAGUAUUUGGCGCCACAAACUGAGGUCUAUCCCGUGGUGCAGAGUCAAACGGAAUCGUAUCCCAGCCACACGCCCGCAUAUCCCACCGAAUCGUAUCCCAGCCACAAGGAUUCGUACAACAGCAUCACGGAGUCGUAUCCCAGCCAAACGGAGUCCUAUCAGCCCCGCACGGAGGCCUAUCCCGUGCCGGAACCUCAGCCGGAGGUCAAGCCAUACGGUGGACCCGAGUCGGGUCCCGAUAAGCCAUCCUCCACCUUCGACCUGGCCAUCGAUAACUAUCUGAAGGACUUUGGUUACGGCAACCAGGGAAGGGCCUAUGCGGACUACUGAGUUCGGAAUCGUUGUUGUUAGGUUUAGGCUUAUCGAUAAGUAUCCUCUUAUUUAUUUAUGUUCUUUCUCCUUCCCUGUUGAACUAAUGAUGAUUAAACUAUU